UCUCGACAGUCUGCUCGUCUUGACACGUCUGUUGCUGUUAACUGAGUGCAGUGCACAUUAUCUCGUCUCUCACGCCACAUAUAUCUUAUACCUGCACUCCUGUUAGGACACCUGGAGCUUCUAUUGAAAAACAUUAUACAUAUUUCGUCGUCUUCAAGCACGUCACGCGUUUAUAAUAUGGCCACGGCAUUCACCGUGUUUGUCGCCACUUCCUUAAUGGUGACAGUGGCGUUGGGCCAACAACGCCCCGUCCCGCCGACGUUCACCAGACCUGCUGUGCAGGGUCGCGGCAUCGCUCAGUUGAACUUGGAUCCACAGCAACAGGUGCCGCAGCCGUUCCGCAGGGUCUCUUUGCCCCUGUACAGAGGCCGAGGGUUCAGUAUGGAGGGACAGGAGCCGAAUAAGCCUCAGGUGGCGCAGCAGACGUUCCAGCCGAGACCAGUCGAAAACGUCAACGUUGACGCGGCGGCUGUUGACGACGUGCCCCAGCCCACCAGACAAGCGCCGCAGCACCAGUUUGAGAGAACACAGCAGCAGCAAGUCGACAGGGUCCAACAACAACAACAACACAUUGACAGGAUUCAAUCUCAGCCUGAAAAACAGUUCCCCGGAUUCCGGCCACAGCCGCAGAUACAACCCAUUGAACCACAAACGAACUUCGUUAGGAAAGUCGUACAGAGGCCGGUGAAACGCGUACGAGUCACCGAAGAUACGGAAGUUGUUUCUAAAUCUCCGGAAACCAUACAGAGAAUGAAACUUGAACGAACCGAGUCUGCAGAUAAACAACGGGCGAAGAAGCCAGUGUCUCAGGUGUUGAGGCGGUACAGAGACGACAACCCGGACGGUAGCAUCACUUGGGGUUUCGAGAACGAUGACGGCACGUUCAAGGAGGAGACCAUCGGCGUGGACUGCGUGACCCGCGGAAAGUACGGUUACGUGGACCCGGAGGGCGUCAAGCGCGAGUACUCGUACCAGUCGGGCAUACCGUGCGACAAGGACAGGCGGCCCCUGACCGCGCCGCAGCAACAGCAGUCGGGCGCCGGUUCGUCGGCGGUGCAGGAGGCGCAGGCCAGCGACACGUACGGUUACAUUGACUACACCAAGAACCAGUACGUCAUGGCCAACGGACAGACGAUCAACCUGAACGGCAUGGCCAGGAACAGGGCGCGGAAACCGGUGGUCCGGAAGACCGCGGUGCCGCCUCCAGCCGACGAUCGCUUCUGAGUCGUUUGCACUGCACGCGCGCCCCGUCGUAUAAUAUAAUAUUAUUGUAUGUAUCGCAUCCCUCCCCAACAGCAGCGUAUUAUUUGUAUUAUUAUUAUUAUUAUUUUUUUUUUUAAUAUUAUAUCAAUGACGGUAUCGGAAACUGAAAUGUAAUCAGUGCUCGAAUCGGAAAAUUAAAUUAAGGGACGUACACUCUUAUUAUAGACUGGAAAAAAAAUAGCGCCCUUUGAAAUUGAUGAACGCCACCGUAUCAAACCCACGCAGAAAUUACAAUAUAUUAUACAAGUACGCCAGUUUACCGGGUGAUCCAUUUAACGUAAGACAAUAUUAUCAUUUCAAAAACUUUUCACGUUUUUGAAAUAACGUUUUCCUUUAAUAACGUAUUUUAUUCAUUUGAGUAGAUACUUCAACACAUAAAAAUCGAAUUUUGAACGAAUAGUGUAUGAGUUGUACAAGUGUUUGAAUUUAAAGUCUUGAUGAACGGAAUGGAAUAGUCUUGCCUCACAAAAUGUUAGACCAAUACCUACUCUGCUCAUCCAAACUUUAAAUACUUAAUACUAUAAAUAAUAAACCACUUGUCUAAAAUUUGGUUUUUAUAUAGAUCGAAGUACUCCAAAUAACAUUAUACUUCAGAAUAUUAAAUUACAAAUUUAAUGUAUGUUGUCAUUCAAAAGAGAAACACACUUAAAAAAAUUAUAUCGAUAAAAAAUAUAAUUCUUUUCAAAAAUUCUGUUUUGUAACACUUUAAAUUAUGUGAAAAGAAUAUUUUUUAAAACGUUAAUAUUUUACGAAAUAAUGAAAGUUGCAUAAAAUGGAUCUCUCCAUAGCUGUGGACUAUUUAUGAGCAAUCAAAAUUAACUAAUGUUUUUCUUAUUCCAUAUUAUUAUAAAUAAAUUAUAAUGCCUUUUAUAUUAUGGUUAUAUAAAUCAUCAAUUAAAUAGUUAAAAUAUUUUGUUAAAUAUAAUGCAAAAAAGGGAUUCUCUCAAAAUCAAAAAAAACAAAUAGCAAAGAAACUUCGUCCGCCCCUCCAAUUUGAGCACUGACUGUAAUACGAUGACUUGUUUUUUUUUUUUAAAUAAAUAAUAUUAGGUAUAAUUUUAAUGUUAAUAUAAUAUUAUAGGACCCGCUGCCACCGCGGUGUCACGCCUGACGCUUCACUAUUUUAUUGUUUUUUUUUUAUAAAAGAUCGAUUUUUAUUUUUAAAUUAUUUUAGACGGGUAAAAAUAUAAUUUUGUGUAGAUAUUAAUGUACGCAAAGUGAUUAUAUAUACACCACAAUUAUUUUAUAUUAUAUACGAAAAAGUAGACUGUUUUUUUUUUUAAAUAUAUAAUAUAGAAAUACUUGAUAUUAUGUAUACGUACGAUCAUUUUGAAUUUUUGUUUUACUAUUUACAUGCAAACUUAUGAUUAAAAAAUACACUUUAACUACAAUACUACA